AUGGUCAGUGAACAUAAUGUAACACUGUUGGACCUCAUCAACCAUGGCAUCCUACAGGCCAACGCUCACGUCCGCUACAACUAUAGGGGAAUACAACAUGCGGGUGUUGUCAACGCCAUCGGUGAGAUUCAUACAACAGAGGGCACUGUCUACAUCAACCCCACACAUUGGACACGUACCGUCAGUGGAAACAAUUGCAGUGGAUGGGGCACAGUCAGACUGUCCGAUGGGAACAUACCACUGCUUAAACUCAAGAGAGACUAUCUGCUCAAGGUCAACGGAGGUCUAAAGCCAAUCAAGACAAAGUUGAAGGCUUCAUUGGGUGACUCGGCUGACACUACUACAUCAGCUGACAACAGUGACGAUUCAUCCCACGAGUCAUCGGAUUCUUCCUCCUCUACCAAUAAUAACAACAACAACAACAACAACACAAAAAAACCAGUCAAGAUUAAGAGGAAGAAACAUCAGCAACAGAAUGGCGAUAGUAUUGUCAUCAUCCAAACCUUUCCUUCACAACUUAACAACAACCCUGCAACUAUUAUCAACUCAAACACUAUACCACCCACUGCUGCAGAUGCAGCAGCAGCAGCAGCCAUUGUUCCAAAUGAUUCAUCAACCACAACAACAGCGCCAACACAACAACAACCACAACAGCAACAACAACAACAACAACAGACAACAUUUAUCGGACAACAACAAUCCAAUCUUAUUCCUCUUCCUCUUUCAAUUGGCUUCAACACGUCACCAUUUGAUGGUGAGGAUGUUUCAUCAUCCUCUCAAGUCCAGAGUAUUCAGCCACCUAUCCCAUCACUCCCAUUCCAAACAUCAAGCGCCUCAAGUGUCGAUCCACUUCCAUCGUCCACAUCACCCUCUGGACAGAGUGGCGGUAGUGUUGGAAACACCACCACCAACAGCAAUAGCAACCAACCAACCAACUUUUCAACCAAACACAAGGGCAGAUUCGGCGGUUUAUAUCACAACUCACCAAUCCCUUUCCGUCCACACCUCCAGGCUCAUCUUAUUGAGACAGGAGUACCAUCACACUUCUCACCAAAUGUUGAGCAUCAUAAUAUGGACUUCAAUCCACACUUCCCUAUUGACUCAUCCAACGUCACUCAAAUUCCAUUGACACCAGUAUUACUCACACCUUCGCUUCAAAUCCCCUUUGUUUAUCCAAGUCCACUGUACAACCUACCAAAUAUUACACCUCAAAAGAACAACAACAAAGAUGACAAGACAAUGAAAAGGAAGGCGAUUCAAUCAAAUACAGUGGCGUGUGUAGAACAAAGAGAGUUGAAGAAGAUAAAGAUGGAACCACUUGAAUCAAAACAACAACAGACACCAGCGAUAUCAACACCGGAUCAAGUGUCGAGUGCAACCAUUGGCGGAAGGUCACAACAACUUAAACAAACUUGCAAGGCUGAUAAAGAACAUGUCAACAACAGCAACUUGGUUAUCUCGUAA